AUGUGCUGCCUCCAUGCAAGCUUCCAUCGAACCCAUGGAGCCGCCAUUCGUUUGGCGCCAGAGAUAAGCUUUGUGAGGCGCUCAAAAGAUACCACGCGUAUCUUCUUUCCACCACGCAACGACCCGCGUAUGUGGCGCGUGACUGCAAGCAUUGUCGCACGCCAGUUUGUUUACCGCAGUCCACGCCCUUGCAUCAGCGACCGAUCACACGCGUCCAAGCUACUCGCAGUACCCCGCCUGCACGCAUCAUCCAGCUCGUUUGCCUCCACGGGUAGCGCCACGGUGUCGGUCACCCAUCCAGGAGAAGGCAAUGAAGAAAAGAGUGUCAAGUUGAUGUUCUCGUCGGCCGGUAUAAAAAUGAUAUCGUCUAUCUUUGCCCCCGGGAUGUGCGUCGGC